CAUCAUCUAAAGUGAGAAAAUAAUCUUUCGGUCCCAAGCUACAAAUCACAUCCAAUUUUAUCAUCUCCUACCUAAAUUCUUUUAACGGAGGGACUUCUGUAAUAACCCUUUACGCCUCACCUGGCAAUCGUAUAGCCACUCUUUAAUCCCCUUGUCCUCUGACAAAAGGCAAUUAUGUGCUGAAGACGAGUGGAGUACAUUUAAUUCUCCUAUUGGCCAAGGUUAUUUGGUGACAGAAGGCAUGGGCGCCGUCUAUGCUUUUUAAUUGGAGUUCAGGGAUUUUAAUAAGAGGCUCAGAUAUAUCAAUUGCCUUUUUUUACUUUUCUCUGGUGAGGAGGGCCUGCUCCUACCUAUUGAUUGCUACAGUUUCCUCUCGCGUCCUGUUUCCUUUUCCUUUUAUUUAUCCUCUCACGCUUUGUUUCAAUUUUCCCUCAACCCCCAUUCUCAGGAAGCCAAUGAAAGAGUUGACCUCGCCUGCCUUUGGCAAAGUGAAGGGAAUCUGGUUCUGUAAUGGCUGUUGUAGAUCCGCACACAAUAGAUUCAUUUCUUAAUGAAGCAUAACAAUUACAGUGACUACAGUAUAGCGGGACUUCGAGGCCUGUGGAGGAGAGCUUGGAUGCCAUUGUUAUUGGGAUUUGCUGAUUCGUGCCUCGGUGAGAAUGUCCAGGCCCGGAUUCAAAUCGGCGAGUGUCAACUCUUCGUUAACUGGUCCCAUGUUAGAUGCCACAAAACGAGACCAAUUGACAAUGCUACAGAAACAUGAAUUGGUAUAUGAUAUUGUUAAGGGUUCAGAAUGUAGCUCUGAAAUCCUUCAGUCCUGGACUCGUAAAGAAAUAUUGCAUCUAAUAUGUGCAGAGAUGGGGAAAGAGAGGAAAUAUACUGGCUUGCCAAAGUGCAAGAUGAUAGAACAUCUUUUAAGAAUUGUAGCAUCAAAAGAGUCAAUGCCACAGGAGGGUGCACUACUUCCUUUUGUGAGCUCAACCCCAGCGAAUGCUCCUAGUGUUUUUCGGAGGCAGAGAAAGAAAGAUCAUCCUUUGCGACUUACAACAGCUGCAACGCUGCCUGUCAGCACUGAUGGCAAAAAUUCUGAAAAUAACCUGGUCUGCAAAAACUCGGCUUGUAGAGCUAUUUUAAGCUCGGAAGAUAUGUUUUGUAAACGAUGCUCAUGCUGCAUUUGCUGUCAGUUUGAUGACAACAAAGAUCCCAGUCUUUGGCUUGUUUGUUCUUCAGAGCCAUUAGAUGAAGAUAUUUCAUGUGGUUUGUCUUGUCAUAUUGAGUGUGCUCUCAAACAUAGAAAUGCUGGGGUAGUUAAGGUUGGGCAGCACAUACAGCUAGAUGGAAGCUACUGCUGUGCAUUUUGUGGAAGAGUCAGUGGGCUUAUCGGAUUCUGGAAAAAGCAGUUAAACAUUGCAAAAGAUGCUCGAAGAGUGGAUAUUCUUUGCUAUCGUCUCUCUCUGAGCCAAAGGCUUCUCAAUGGAACUGAUCAGUUUAAAGAGCUCCAUGACAUUGUGCUGAAAGCAGUAAGAAAACUCGAAGAGGAGGUUGGACCUAUAAAUGGGGUAUCUUCAAAGAUGGCUCGAGGCAUUGUUAGCAGGCUUUCUUCAGGAUUUGAAGUGCAGAAACUUUGUGCAAAGGCUAUUGAGAAAGCUGAAACUUUGCUUUCGAGCAUCUCUCCAUCAGAUUCCAGAAUAGAGAAACCAUUGCCUGCAGCUUGCAGAGUGCAUUUUGAAGAUGUUACACCAACAUCUCUUCUAGUGUCACUCAAGGAAAUUGAUCUGGAUUCAUCAGAAGGUGUUGUUUAUAAAUUGUGGCACCGUAAGAGUAGAGAAUCGAACUUUCCCAGGGAUCUUACUUGUAUUUUGCCUAGAACUCAAAUGCGUGCUCUAAUUUCAGAUCUUCAGCCUUGCACAGAAUAUGCCUUCAAGAUUGUUGCAUAUACAGAUAAAGGAGACAUAGGCCAAACUGAGGCUAAAUGCUUCACCAAAAGUGUGGAGGUGUUCCGCAGGAAUCGUGAAUCAAGCAUGAUCAAAGGAGUCUCUAAGAAGUGUGGAAAUUUGGGGAUGGAGGACUUCACCUCCAUCAGUGUAGAAGGUGCACGUGAAAACCAAUCAAAUGAAGAUGCCUCUAGUUUCAGGGUCAGGGACCUCGGCAAGAUUUGGCGUACGGCUUGGGCUCAGGAAUGUGAAGCUAAUGAUGCAUUUGAUUCAUCUGAGAGGAAUAUUCAUGCUGACCAGUUUGGUUAUGAAGAAAAAGAUGAGGCUUGUGAUUCAGAUAAACAAUUUGCCUCUGAUGAUAGUAAGAGAAAUGGUAGUCCAACAUCACCUUUGGAGGUAUCCAGAGAUGACCAAAUUGGCUGUAACUUGGUUCAAGUUGCAGAACCUGAAGAUGACCAGGAAGAAGCAGUUUCUGUUUUAGAUGAUGAAAGGUUGAUGGCAGGAAUAGGUUUAGUGAAAAUGUCACAUGAUCGCCAAGGAUCAACAAAAGAUUUGAAAAAAUUAAAAAAUGGAUGUUGGGUAAACAAAUCAUCAAAGAGGAAACGUGAAAACCUUUCUAAGGUUACUUCACAGAAAUCUAUAAAUAGUGAACAGAAGCAAUUGGCUCUACAUGAGAUGGACCUUGUGCCUUUGGAUUGUUCAUAUCCUGUUUUCCCUGUUAACAAAUGCAAAGCAGAGUAUCAAAGAACGGGAAGGUUUAGAAAUCCUUACGCAAAUUCAAAUGGAAAUGACUCAGGAAACUGGGCUGUGCAACCAAUCAUGGGAGCCCCUGCAGUCGAGUCACAAACUGGUUUCUCCAGGAAAAGGUCUCUGAAUGCUUAUGACAAUUUGCAUGCUUAUGAUGGGGUUUUGCCAAAUGGUAGUCGAGUACCAUCAUCAGAUCCACUUGAUUGCCUUGAAAAAGAUUUUGAAUCUAGUGUGAAAAUCAUUCGCUGGCUUGAAUGUGAAGGUCAUAUUAAGGAAGAAUUCAGAAAGAAAUUACUUACGUGGUUCAGCUUGCGGUCUACAGCUCAGGAGCGGAGGAUAAUCUAUGCAUUUAUCAACACUUUGCUUGAUGACCCAACUAGUUUGGCUGAACAGUUGGUUGACACUUUCUUGGAAAUUAGUUCCAAUAAGAAGCCGCAAUUCAACAAUGGGUUUUGUACCAAACUGUGGCAUUGAUUAUGAUGGACCAAUGGAAUAGCAGAUUGAUUCAGAUACCUUAAUUUUUCAUCAUUGAUGUAAUUUCAAUCCUAUUGAUGAGAUUGAUCUUCUUUGUACAGUAUUUAUAUCAUCUCUAUAAUAUACGAUUCAUUCAACUUCUCCUGA